AUGUCCCUUAGUAACAUUAUUGCCUCUGAACAAGGAAAAAACAAGGGAAAGCACGUAUACUUCUCGACAAGUAUAAGGAGGCAAGUACUUUUUCUUGGUUGGAAAUGCUGGCAGGAAAUGGGUGGCGUGGUGGGACCUUCUCGGUUCUUCAAGACUUUUUGUAGGGGCACAAGUGAACUUCUUGGUUGUUUGAUGUCACAGACUUCUUGCCGACCCAGCAUUGGUCCCAUUGGGACACAGUCAAUAAUAUUAUCUAAACCAGAUUGUAUUCUUGCUCGAAAUUGGGAAAAGAAUCGUACAUCUCGCAAUGGAACUUCAAUUAACUUUUAUGGAGACUAUCAUAAUAUUGGGAUAACGUCAAAUGGAAAAUAUGCAACGAAUAUUCAUAUACUAAACGCAAGCGAAGUGCCUCAAAAUCGAAGAAGAAAAAGUGAGAGAACAGUCACUGACUUCAAGGUAAAAAGACAAUCCACCCGAUCCACAAAUGAUGUUGAAGAGACCAUCGAUAAUAACGAAAUCGAAGAUGAGCAUGAAAUCAAUGAGCUUACUGAGUUUGAUCAUGACUAUCAUAACCUAGACCCAUCAAAAAUGUGGACGCUGAAGAGUGGUACUGUUGUUGAGAAAGAAGAGAUUAUUACUUCUGAAGUCAAGGCCAGGCCAAAACUUGAAAGUUCCCUUGUAGAAUUGUUGAAAAGUGCACGGUUGACGAUGUCGAGAUGUUACGAAAAGUUCUUUCUGAACCGUUUUACCGAACGGAAGUGA